AUGGUGGUGGAAUUCAAACCCAAGCUGGGCCUCACGCCCGGCGCCCGGGAUUAUGACAACCCGUCCGCACUCUUUUUCAUUCUCCUCGACACGCUCAAGAUCCGGACAAGAAUCCUCCUGGGUGCUCUCAUCCAGUUAUUACUCUGCUCCGUCUUACCCAUGAGGUUGGCUAUAGCCCCGGCUUGCUUGAUGUUCUUCCACUCCUUCAUCACCACCAUCGUCCAAGCCAGAUCUCCCAAGUCGAGCCACUUCCAGCGCGAUGUGGUGUUUGGAAGAGCUACAUCCCAGCUCCCAUCUGGGGACGGGUCAUACGGAACCCAGCCAGCCAAGGACUCCGUAGUUUUCUUCAACUUGGGUAUCCAGUAUAACCACCCACUAGGGGUCCUCUCCAACGGCGCAUACGAGGUCUCGCGAUACUACUUGAAGAUGGAGAAGGAUCUCCUCGCUAGGCGAGAGGAGCUUGGCCUUCUCAGUAUCUCCAAGUGGCAUGCCUCCGAGCGCGAGUCCAACAACACCCUCAUCAUCACGUUCUACUUCAAGGACGUCGAGAGCGUCCACAAGUUCGCGCACGAGGAGCUCCACCGCAAGGCAACAGACUUCUACCACAGGGCCAAGUUUGAGCACAUCGGUGUAUUUCACGAGACGUUGAUCGUGCCUGCUAAGAACUAUGAGACGGUUUAUGUGAACUGCAGGCCGGUUCUUAUGGGGACCAGUGCGGUGAAGUUGGAUGGUGAGAAGGGUAGUGGAGGAUCGUGGGCGACGCCGCUUGUCAACGCUGAUCAUCCGAAUCUCAAGACUCAAUAUGCUAGACUAAGCCGGCAUGAGAAUGGGGUAUCAAAGGAGUGA